AUGACGACCGCCAACCACUCGGCCAGCGCGCCGCUGGACCCGCGACCAGUGUUCUUCUUCGACAUUGACAACUGCUUAUACUCCCGAGGAUGCAACAUCCACGAUGAGAUGCAAAAACUGAUCAACGAGUUCUUCAUCAAGCACCUCUCGCUCAACACGGAAGAUGCGCACCACCUGCACAUGAAAUACUACAAGGAGUACGGGCUGGCGAUCGAGGGGCUGACGCGGCACCACAAGAUCGACCCGCUGGAGUUCAACCGCGAGGUCGACGACGCGCUGCCGCUGGACGAGAUCCUGAAGCCGGAUGCGCAGCUGCGGCGGCUGCUCGAGGACAUCGACCGGAGCAAGGUGCGGCUGUGGCUGCUGACGAACGCGUACGUCACGCACGCGCGCCGCGUCGUGCGGCUGCUGCAGGUGGAGGACCUGUUCGAGGGCGUCACCUUCUGCGACUACUCGCAGACGCCGCUGGUGUGCAAGCCCAGCCAGGUGAUGUACGAGAAGGCGGAGCGGGAGGCGGCGGCAUCGAGUCGGGAGGAGUGCUAUUUUGUCGAUGAUUCGGGCCUGAACUCCAAACACGCCGCAGAGCGCGGCUGGGCCGUCGCCCACCUCGUCGAGCCGGGAUUACCCGCGCCCCCGGAGCCGGUCUCGCAAUUCCAGAUCUCGAGUCUGGAGGAGCUGCGGACCUGUUUCCCUCACUUGUUCAAGUCGCAACAACAGUCCUAA